CUUAAAGACUAGCAAAUGGACUCGCUUCCAACUUCCCUAAAGGCUAAAACCUCUGAAACGACGAGACACAGAGAGAGAAAGAAAUGUUGAGGUCCAUUCUGAGACGAGCAGCGGCGACCGGCCCAAAAGCUCAGCCGUGGUACAUAUCGUCGACGGCGAAUUUCUCAUCGUCCAAGACCACGAAGACCAAUGUUAAGAACGAGAAGAACAAGAAGAAGUCCAAAUCCAAAGGCGGAGAUGCCGCCGCAGCCGAGGAAUCAGCGGCCACCGAUGUCGACGCGGCACUCUUUGACGAUGGUUCUCGGGCUCGAAGGCUCGGUGCGGAAGAGAACGACCCUUCUCUCAAUGUAGGCCCCAAUGGCCAACCACUGUUCACUUCCACGCCUUCGCUGUCUGAGCUCACUCGCAAGGAUUCCUGCAGUUACUUCAAGUUCAAAAUGGAGGAAUUGAAUGAGGCAUUGCCGGAGGGGUUGCCUGUUGGAAUGGUGAAAGAGUUUGAGGAUUCGAUGCGAACCGCCGUGCUUGUUCGCCAGAGUUUUCUCGAUCUCCGUGACAAUUUCCGUCGACUCGUGGAUCCACCAUUGUCGUUGCCCAGCUCUAAAGAUAUAAAAGUUAGAAAGCAGAUUGUCUUGGAUGGUCCUGUUAGCUGUGGGAAGAGUAUUUCUCUUGCAAUGCUUGUUCAUUGGGCCCGUGAUGAAGGUUGGUUGGUUUUUUAUGUUCCCAGAGGAUGGGAGUGGACGCAUGGAGGGUUUUUUUAUAAAAAUCCACAAACGGGUCUUUGGGACACGCCUGUUCAGGCUGAAAAAAUUCUCAAGGACUUUCUGAAAUUUAAUGAAACCCGUUUAAAACAAUUGCCAUGCCAAAUAUUUGAUCUUAUUCCCUUGGGAGAGGGUGCUGGUGUUGGAUGGAUGAAAGACGGCACUGAUACCAUGGCUAUGCCUGAGGGUUCGAGUCUGUUUGACCUUGUUGAUACAGGAAUCAAGCACACCCAUGCAGCCGUUGGAGUGUUAGUUCAUUUGAGGAGGGAGCUAUCAGUUGUGAAAGAUAUACCUGUUCUCAUUGCAAUUGAUCAAUACAACAGUUGGUUUACAUUCAGCGAGUACGAGGAGGCAGUAACUGUUCGUUCGACUCGACCAAUACAUGCUAGAGAACUUGCUACAGUUAAUGCUUUCAGAUCUAUGAUGCACAAUGGCAUGAUGGUGGGUGCUUUCUCUCACUCAACAGCUGUAGGAAAGCUACGACAACAAUUGCCUGAUGUUCCUGCUGAUGCUCGUGUUAAUCUUCCACGCUACACUUUAGAUGAAGCAGCAAGUGUGAGCCAUUACUACAUGAGACAAAGACUGGCACGGCGUGAAUCAUUCUCUGAAGAAAGCUGGAAGAAGAUAUAUUACUUAGCAAAUGGAAAUGGAUCUGAGAUGAGAUGGUUAAUGCCUUUCAUGCGGUGACAUUUUGAACACUCUUUUCGUGACAACAUUUAGAGAAAAACUCAAAGAAAGGGCUGCGUCGAGAUUCGAUCUCCUUGCUCAAAUUCACAUUCAUAUGCUUAUGCUCGCAAUUGUAUUUGCCUGAGGACGUUCAAGUUUUGGUCCCAAUAAAUUUCUUCGGUCGUUGAGAUUAUUGUCAAAAGACUACCAGCCGAAGCAUUUUGUUCCUUCUGUAAAAUUUAUCUUCUGCCAAGUUUACUAUAUAGUAUUUAUUUGCUCUAUUUGACCUCGUGUUUCAAGUUUCAACCGUUAUUGUAACAUUAUUGUUCAUCCGCUAACGGGAGAUUAAGGGCGGUCACUUUGACUCCAAA